GGUGUAUGGUUCAUCAAAUUUUAUGCACCAUGGUGCGUUCAUUGCAAGCGUUUGGCUCCUGUGUGGGAGAAGCUAGCGAAGGAAUUGAAGGGAACGCCCGUCAGAGUCGGGAAAGUAGAUGCGGAUUCAGAUUCAGAACUCGCUGAGAGGUUUGCUAUUCAGCAUUAUCCCACUUUGAAGAUC